AUGCCCUCCUCCACCAUGCCCUCCUCCAACAGCAGCAGCGAGUACUGGAUCGAUGGCUCCCACCGUGAGGUGGCCCUGGAAGAUUUCUAUGUCGUGGGCCCUGAGCUGGGAAGGGGAGCCACCUCCGUGGUGUACAGCUGCAAGGAGAGGGGCACAGGCGCCCCCUAUGCUGCCAAGAUACUGAAGAAGACGAUUGACAAAAAGAUCGUGAGGACAGAGAUUGGGGUCCUGCUGCGUCUCUCACACCCCAAUAUCAUCAAGCUGAAGGAGAUUUUUGAGACAGCCUCUGAGAUCACGCUCAUCCUGGAGCUGGUGACGGGAGGAGAGCUCUUCGACAGGAUCGUGGAGAGAGGCUUCUACAGCGAGCGAGAUGCGGCACAUGUCGUCAAGCAGAUCCUGGAAGCUGUCUCGUAUUUGCAUGAAAAUGGAGUUGUCCACCGUGACCUGAAGCCAGAGAACCUGCUCUAUGCAGACCUGUCCCCCAAUGCUCCCCUUAAAAUCGGUGACUUUGGGCUCUCCAAGAUUGUGGAUGAACAGGACACGAUGAAAACGGUCUGUGGGACACCAGGGUACUGUGCUCCUGAAAUCCUCCAUGGGUGCCCAUAUGGCCCUGAAGUGGAUAUGUGGUCUGUGGGUGUCAUCACCUACAUCCUGCUCUGUGGCUUCGAGCCCUUCUUUGACCCACGAGGGGAUCAGUACAUGUACAGCCGCAUCCUCACCUGCGACUACGAGUUCGUGUCCCCGUGGUGGGAUGAGGUUUCCCUCAAUGCCAAGGACUUGGUCAGAAAACUGAUUGUCCUGGAUCCCCAGAAGAGACUGACUGUCUACCAGGCUCUGGAGCAUCCCUGGGUCACUGGGAAAGCCGCCAAGUUUGCUCACAUGGACAGCACACAGAAGAAGCUGCAGGAAUUCAAUGCCAGGAGGAAACUGAAGGCUGCCAUGAAAGCCGUGGUGGCUUCCAGCCGCCUGGGCAACCACGGGCACCACGACUGCUCCCGCAGUGGGCACAGCCAGAGGGGUCCCCAGGCCACCUGCCUGCCUCAGGACACUGGGACCACCAGCCCUGAAGCCACCACCACUGAGGACCUCGAUGCUUUCCAGAGCAACUGCCCCACCAUGUCCAAGGUUCCUGUGACCGGCGCUGGCUGCAAGAGCUAA